AUGCUCAUCGGGUUCGACACCGCAAAGUCCACCUCCGCGACCGUCCUCAGCGCAGUCGCGACCAUCAACUCCACCUACUCCUCCCUGCACAGCCACUACAGGAAGUUCCACCACUCCGACGACCAGAUCGCCAUCUACCAGGAACAGUACCUGAACGUCCUCCAGGACACGCUGGCGGAGGUGUCUCACAGCUCCGUCCCGAUCGGGAUCAUCGCCACCAUGGUCAACGUCAGGAACUGCGAGCGUUUCUUCGCCAGCAACCACGGAAUCUACAGAAACGUCCCGGCUGGCACCCUCGUCAGCGAAAACUUUGUCUCCAACAACUACGAUUUUUUCCUGGUCAGCCAGCAGGCAACGAAAGGCACCAUGAUCCCAAACCACUACCGGGUGGUGUACUGUACCAGCAAGAUGGAGGAGGGCCUGCUCCAGGAGCUCAUCUUCAGCCAGUGCUUCAACUACGUGAACUGGACGGGGUCGAUCAAGGUGCCGGCGGUCCUGCAGUACGCCAAGAAGUGUGCCAAGUUCGUAGCGGAAGUGAUGGAUAAGGAGGAAGAAGUACCCAAGGAUAUGAGGAAUAAACCUUACUACGUGUGA